AGCAAAAUGAAUGAACGUUGCUUCAGUCACUUCUCGCAGUUUCUGGCGAUACCAUGAGUGAAGUGAGCGAAAAAGAGACAAAUCCGCCGGCGACAGAGGCGGCGCCACCGUGUCCGACGGUGACGCAGCGGGACCAAUGGAUGGUAGAAUCACAAGUGUUUCAGAUUUACCACCUCUUCGCCACCAUUCCUCCCAACGCCCAAACCCUCAUGUUGGAGCUGCAACGCGAUAAUCACGUGCAGUUUCUCUCUAAAGGACUUCGUCACCUCAGUUCCGCGUUUUCCGUAUUGGACUCAAAUCGACCAUGGCUGUGCUACUGGAUCUUCCACUCCAUUGCUUUAUUGGGAGAAUCCGUCGAAGAUGAACUCGAAGAUAACACUAUCGAAUUUCUUAACCGUUGUCAGGUUUUUAAUUGUGACUCUAAUUCUUAUUUUCCUUGGAUUACUUUUUUUUUCUCUUCCAUUAUUUGU